CAACAAUAGAAAGCGGAGGAGGAGGAGCACCAGCGGCACCAGCGGCUUCUGGCAGCGGAGCGACACCGACGAUCCUGCGGGACGAUAUGAGACUUUGGAUCGGACUCUUAAGCGAACAGAAGCGUGUGAUGGAAGCUGGAAGGAUCCGAGUCUGAUCGGAACCGAACCGAACCGGAGCGGAGCGUGUUUUUGUUGAGAGGAAGCGGCCGCAGCCAUGAUGGGAAUGCUGGGAAUCCUGCGCUGAGGAUCCACGGCGGCUGGGCCCAGGAUCGGGAGAAAGAUGGGAAUGUGUGUUCGGAUCCUGCUGCUGUUGGGUUCCUGCUGGCUUGUCUCAGGCGAGCCGCUGCUGCUGUACGCCAACCGGCGGGACCUGCGCCUGGUGGACGCGGCUCGCGACAAGGCCAAUGCCACGGUGGUGGUGGGCGGCCUGGAGGACGCCGCCGCCGUGGAUUACGUCUACGCCCAGGGCCUCAUCUACUGGAGCGACGUCAGCGAGGAGGCCAUCAAACGGACCUCCUUCAACCGGACCGGCGCCGGCGCCCCCCAGACCGUGGUGCCGGGCCUGGUCGCGCCGGACGGCCUGGCCUGCGACUGGCUGGGCCUCAAGCUGUACUGGACCGACUCGGACACCAACCGGAUCGAGGUGGCCGAGCUGGACGGGUCGCUGAGGAAGGUUCUGUUCUGGCAGGAGCUGGACCAGCCCAGAGCCAUCGCCCUGGACCCGGAGCGAGGGUUCAUGUACUGGACAGACUGGGGCGAUGUCCCAAAGAUCGAGCGGGCCGGGAUGGACGGGACCAACCGGUCCCUGCUGGUGGACCAGGACAUCCACUGGCCCAACGGGCUGACGGUCGACUACGGCCAGCAGAAGCUGUACUGGGCCGACGCCAAGCACAACUUCAUCCACCGCUGCAACCUGGACGGCUCCUCCAGAGAGGUGGUGGUUAAAGGGGAGCUGCCUCACCCCUUCGCCCUCACCCUGUAUGAGGACACUCUGUUCUGGACCGACUGGAACACGCACUCCAUCCACUCCUGCAGGAAGCAGACGGGCCGGGAGCAGCGCGUCGUCCACUCCCACAUCUUCUCCCCGAUGGACCUGCACGUCUUCAGCCCCAAGAGGCAGCCCGUCUGUGAGUCUCAGCCGCCGGCAGGGUCUCGUAUCGACUGUCUCUGUUGCAUAUCUGGACCCGUCCAGACCUGCUACACUCUCCUCCCGGCCGGUUCUGACCCAUUUCCAUGUCACUGUGUUGCAGCGCGGAGCAGCCCCUGCUCCCAUGGCAACGCGGGAUGCUCCCACCUCUGCCUGCUGUCCCCAACCCGGCCCUUCUACCGCUGUGCCUGUCCCACCGGAGUCCAGCUGCUGGAGGACGGACAGACCUGCAGAGACGGUGCGACCCAGAUGCUGCUGCUGGCACGGCGGACCGACCUGCGUCAGAUCUCCCUGGACACGCCCGACUUCACCGACGUCAUCCUGCAGGUGGGCGACAUCCGGCACGCCAUCGCCAUCGACUACGACCCGGUGGACGGAUACAUCUACUGGACAGACGACGACGUGAAGGCCAUCCGGCGCGCGCGCCUGGACGGCGGCGACGCCCAGUUCGUGGUCACCUCCCAGGUCAGCCACCCGGACGGCAUCGCGGUGGACUGGAUCGCCCGGAACCUGUACUGGACCGACACAGGGACGGACCGCAUCGAGGUGACCCGACUGGACGGAACCAUGAGGAAGAUCCUGAUCUCCGAGGACCUGGACGAGCCCAGAGCCAUUGUCCUGGACCCGGUGGCUGGGUACAUGUACUGGACGGAUUGGGGCGAGGUUCCGAAGAUCGAGCGGGCCGACCUGGACGGGCUGGAGCGGCUGGUGAUGGUGAACACGUCGCUGGGCUGGCCCAACGGCCUGGCGCUCGACUACGAGCAGCGGCAGAUCUACUGGGGAGACGCCAAGACGGACAAGAUCGAGGUGAUGAACAUGAACGGGACGGGCCGACGGGUGCUGGUGGAGGACAAACUUCCCCACAUCUUUGGCUUCAGCCUGCUGGGCGACUUCGUCUACUGGACGGACUGGCAGCGUCGCAGCAUCGAGCGCGUCCACAAACGCACCGCCGAGCGCGAGUUCAUCAUCGACCAGCUGCCCGACCUCAUGGGCCUGAAGGCCACGCACCUGCACCGCGCCGCCGGGACCAACCCGUGCGCUGACAGUAACGGUGGCUGCAGCCACCUGUGCCUGCACACGCCUCACGGCGUGCGGUGCGGCUGCCCGAACGGCCUGGAGCUGCUGGGCGACCUGCAGAGCUGCAUCGUCCCGGAGGCCUUCCUGCUGUUCUCGCGCCACACCGACAUCCGCCGCAUCUCCCUGGAGACCAACAGCAACAACGUGGCCAUCCCGCUCACCGGUGUCAAGGAGGCCUCCGCCCUCGACUUCGACAUCACCGACAACCGCAUCUACUGGACCGACAUCACGCUCAAGACCAUCAGCCGGGCCUUCAUGAACGGCAGCGCGCUGGAGCACGUGGUCCAGUUCGGCCUGGAUUACCCAGAAGGCAUGGCGGUGGACUGGCUGGGCAAGAACCUGUACUGGGCCGACACCGGAACCAACCGCAUUGAGGUGGCCAAGCUGGAUGGGCAGCACCGCCAGGUUCUGGUCUGGAAGGACCUGGACAGCCCGCGGGCCCUGGCGCUGGACCCGGCUGAGGGGUACAUGUACUGGACCGAGUGGGGGGGCAAGCCCAAGAUCGACCGGGCUGCCAUGGAUGGAACCGGCCGCAUCACGCUGGUGUCGAACGUGGGCAGGGCCAACGGACUCACCAUCGACUACGCUGAGCGGCGCCUGUACUGGGCCGACCUGGACACCACGCUCAUCGAGUCCUCCAACAUGCUGGGCAAGGAGCGAGAGGUAAUUGCUGACGACCUGCCUCAUCCCUUUGGCCUCACCCAGUACCAGGACUACAUCUACUGGACGGACUGGAGCCACCGCAGCAUCGAGCGGGCCAACAAGACAAGCGGCCAGAACCGGACCCUGAUCCAGGGCCACCUGGACUACGUGAUGGACAUCCUGGUGUUCCACUCGUCCCGGCAGGCCGGCUGGAAUGCCUGUGCCUCUACCAAUGGCCACUGCUCCCACCUGUGCCUCGCCGUGCCCAGCGGUUUCGUCUGCGGAUGCCCCGCCCACUUCUCCCUCAAUCGCGACAACAAGACGUGCAGCGCUCCCACGGCGUUCCUGCUGUUCAGUCAGAAGGCGGCCAUCAACCGCAUGGUGAUCGACGAGCAGCAGAGCCCCGACAUUGUCCUGCCCAUUCAGAACCUGAAGAACGUCCGGGCCAUUGACUACGACCCGCUGGACAAGCAGCUGUACUGGAUCGACUCCAAGCAGAACGUCAUUCGCCGCGCCCAGGAGGAUGGCAACCAGAGUGUGACGGUGGUGUCCAGCUCCCUUCUCGGACCCUUUGAUCUCAGCAUCGACAUCUUCAGCCGCUUCAUCUACUGGACCAGCGAGGUGACCAACGUCAUCAAUGUGACCCGGACGGAUGGCAGUCGGGUCGGCGUGGUUCUACGGGGCGAGCACGACAAGCCGCGGGCCAUCGUGGUGAAUCCAGAGAGAGGGUACAUGUACUUCACCAACCUGCAGGACCGCUCACCCAAGAUUGAGCGGGCGGCGCUGGAUGGGACGGAGCGCGAGGUUCUGUUCUUCAGCAACCUGGGAAAACCCGUGGCGCUGGCUGUGGACAACGAGGCGGGGAAGCUGUUCUGGGUUGACUCAGAUCUGCGCCGCAUUGAGAGCAGCGACCUGUCAGGAGCCAAUCGGAUCGUGAUCGCGGACUCAAACAUCCUGCAGCCAGUGGGCCUGACGGUGUUCGGGAACCACCUGUACUGGAUCGACAAGCAGCAGCAGAUGAUCGAACGCAUCGACAAGACGACGAGGGAGGGCCGCACCAAGGUGCAGGCGCGGGUCGCCUACCUGAGCGACAUCCACGCCGUGCACGAGAUUGACAUGCACGAGUACAGAAACCAUCCGUGCACCCGGGACAACGGCGGCUGCUCCCACAUCUGCAUCGUGAAGGGCGACGGAACCACGCGCUGCUCCUGCCCCGUCCACCUGGUGCUGCUGUCUGACGAGCUCACCUGCGGAGAACCGCCCACCUGCUCACCUGACCAGUUCGCCUGCGUCUCCGGAGAGGUGGACUGCAUCCCCAACACCUGGAGGUGCGACGGCUUCGCCGAGUGCGACGACCACAGCGACGAGAAGGAAUGUCCCGUCUGCUCCGAGUCCGAGUUCCAGUGCGACAGCCGGCAGUGCGUGGGGCAGAGCGAGCGCUGCAACGGGGAGGUCAACUGCCAGGACGGGUCCGACGAGAACAAGUGUGAAGUCCGGUGUCCGGCGGACCAGUUCUCCUGCGCCAACAGCCAGUGCAUCGGGAUCCACAAGAAGUGCGACCACAACACGGACUGCAGCGACAACUCUGAUGAGAUGGACUGCUUUACAGAUCCGCCGGAGCUGCCGGCGCCGACCAACAGCACCAUCAGCUCCAUCGUUGCCGUGGUGAUGGCGCUGUUCGUGGUGGGCGCCAUCUACUUCGUGUGCCAGCGCGUCCUCUGCCCCCACAUGAAGGACGACGGCGAGACGGUCGCCAACGACUUCGUGGUCCACGGCCAGCCCUCGGUGCCGCUCGGAUACGUGCCGCACCCCGGGUCGCUGUCCAGCUCGCUGCCAGGUAUGUCCAGAGGGAAGUCUGUGAUUGGCUCCCUGAGCAUCAUGGGCGGCAGCAGCGGCCCUCCGUACGACCGCGCCCACGUCACCGGAGCGUCGUCCAGCAGCUCUUCCAGCACCAAGGGCACCUACUUCCCCCCGAUCCUGAACCCGCCGCCGUCUCCUGCCACCGUCCGUUCCCAGUACACCCUGGAGUUCGGCUACUCCUCCAACAGCCCCUCCACCCAUCGCUCCUACAGCUACCGGCCCUACACCUACCGCCACUUUGCCCCGCCCACCACGCCGUGCAGCACCGAUGUCUGCGACAGCGACUACACGCCGGGCCGCCGGCCGCUCAAAUCCGCCGCGAAGGGCUACACCAGCGACCUCAACUACGACUCGGAGCCGUUCCCACCGCCGCCCACGCCGCGCAGCCAGUACCUGUCAGCGGAAGAGAACUGCGAAAGCUGCCCGCCGUCGCCGUACACGGAGCGCAGCUACUCCCACCACCUGUACCCGCCGCCGCCGUCCCCAUGCACGGACUCCUCGUGAGCCAAGCCCCGCCCCCUCCCUGUAUAUAACAAUUGUUGAUAUCCAAGGAGAAAAGAGAAACGGGAAGAGACUGCGGCGGCGGCGCUAAAAGGGAAGCGGAGGACGGCGAGCUGCAGAACAUUUGUACAGAACAGAGAAAUCAUAUUUAUAUAUUUUCUAUACUGAUGAUGAUGAUGAUGAUGCCAUAGAGUUUGUAAUUUGUACAUUUUUAACAGAAGCUUUUAUUAAACUCGCCACAGAGAAAAGUUGCCUUAAAGUCGAACAGGACCGCGGCGGCACUGGCCAGUCGGACUUCUGAUGCCAAAUACAAGCAGCAGCCACAGGCCCCGCCCACUCUGGGGUCCUGGGGCGGGGCAUCAUAGUUUUGUCCCUGUUGGGCCUCCGUACAAGCGUCCAACCACACGCUGGCCCCGCCCCCGCCUGUUCUCACGCCACGAGGAAGAUCUGCUCCUCAUCAUCAUCACAAUCUGUGCCUGAGCAGUGCCACAGCUACAUGUGCUUUUAUUUUGAAAUCCCCACUGACAGCUCUAGUAUUUUUGUACCACAUACUGUGUAGAUACGUAUUUAUAAGCUAUAUAGAGAAUCGAUGUAAAUGUCUCGCCUGCAGCUCUUCAUUCCUCUUUUUUAUUCCCUCCUUCUAUUUUUCUACAGAAUCGCUGACAAUCUCACAACCUGUCCUCAUUUUUACCGUCCUCAGCAUCAGGACGCAGGGGUUGAAGGUCACUGACCCCCUGAACCCAGUCCCAGUCAGAACCGCACCAGCACCAGUCCUGACAAUCUCUAGCAGGUCUGACCAGAACCGAGAAGGUCCUGCUCAGACCUGAGAAAGCACAAAGAACCCAGGGCAGCUGGACGGGUUGGAGCUCCGCCCCCUCACAGAAAGCUCUGAUUGGCUGAUUACAUGGAGACCUUAACAAGCUUUUAAACAUGAAGACCAAAAUCUGACCAGCGUGUUUUUUCUACGCUGCUUGGCUCUUUCCUGUCUCCUUACGGCCUUGAUACUUAUUCACAGUCUGCUGCCAGUCCAGAACCUCUAAGGCCUCCACAAAAUGUCUUGGCAUGCAGGACUUCCAUAUACCUUAAAUACGUCCUUUUGGAUCGUCUGAUUCUGGCAGUGCGGGGUCUCUGAACGUCACACCCAGUUUCUGUCUGUCCUU